AUGUCUAUCAUUCUCGAUCCCCCGGAGCUGGGCUUUCAGCGCCCCUUCAACCGUGAGGUGUGCCAGAUGUUACAUUUGAAGAACGAAAGUGCGGAGCCUGUUGUGUUUAAGGUCAAAACCACCGCCCCUAAGCACUACUGUGUACGUCCCAACUCGGGCCGGAUAGACCCUGGCAAACAUGUCGAUGUGCAAGUUCUGUUGCAGGCCAUGAAGGAGGAGCCUGCGCUCGAUGCCAAGUGCAAGGACAAGUUCCUCGUUCAGACUGUCGCGGUCACUCGUGAUAUGGAGUUCGCGAAUGUUACCUCGAUUUUUGAGAAGGCCCCCAAGACAGCACUCCAAGAGCGCAAAAUUCGUGUGAACUGGCUGGCCGCCGAGGAUACCCCAGCCGAGGAACAAGGAGUCGAGCCGACUGGCAAUGUACCGGAUGAAGAGCCUCCUUCCUACACUUCUCCGAACCCCAACUACCAGACUCCGGCUGCUGCGCUUACGAAGAGCGCCAAUGACACGUCACCCAUCCCACCGCCAGAUUUCAGCGACAAGACCAUGCGGGAGGUUUCUAGCCCUCAGACUAUCGGAAGCUCGGCCACGUCGUCAAAGUCACCCGUUGAAACUAGCGAAGAUUUGAGAGCCCAAUUGUCCGAAGCCAACUCGCAAAUCUCAGCAUUGAAGGAGAAGUUGGCAGACCAGGGUUUGAGACAGCGAAAGAUCGGAGCCGAAGUCGAGAAGGCGCCUGCGUCAUUGGCGCAACAGCAACCACAGUCCGUGGAGGCUGGUGUGCCUGUGCAGAUGGUGGCUGGUCUAUGCCUGCUAAGCUUCUUGAUCGCGUACUUUUUCUUUUGA